UUGGUAGGGGAGGGAGAGAUAAAACAGGGUAGAGACAGCGACCGAGAGGAUAAAGCGCCGCGAAAACGUCACAGAGCUUCUAGGCUGGCUUGGCGUUGCGUGCUUUCCUGCUACGUGCUACCGCUCGUCUGCUCCCGAUAGCGUCUGCUGCUGCCGUUGUGUUGUCGUCGCAGGUGCGCGCAGUGACGAUUCGUGCUCGUUCACGGGAAGUGUGUGUGUGUGACGGCGGUGCGGUGGCGUGGGCAGCGGGCUUGCGCUCUUCGGCGAAGCUGGAGGCCACGGACGACACGACCGACUCGCCGUUGACGGGCGAGCGACGGGUGCUCAAACGGAGCGACCGCGGCGGAUACAUGUACUACCACAUCGAAAAAUGUAUGGAGAGUCUGGAGCCUAAGGCUCCCACCUGGACGGAGAAUGACCUGCUGGUGCUGAUCACGGAAUACUGGAAGCGGAAGGAGAUACUGCGUGCCAAGGCCUCUGAGAGCGUGACAAACCUGCAGAAGCGGGAAUGCUGGAUCGAGAUCACGGAGGUGGUGAAUGCACGCUGCUUCAGUCCGCACUCCAAGAAAACCAUGGACCAGCUCAAGCGCAAGUGGGAGAAGACCAUCAUGCUCGCCAAGAAGGCUGCGCUCAGCAUACAGAAGCGGUCGGGCAACCUGUCGGACCUGGCCCCGGCCUACCAACUGGCUCUGUCCAUCGUCUGCGAGGACUUCCCGGCAUCCCUGGAGUGCCAGAACGGCCUCGCGGCAGCAGACGCGUCCUCUCUCACUGAUCACCAGCAUGCCACCUACAUUGACGAGGUGUCCAGCAUGGUCAUCACGGAGCUGGAAGAAGAGUCGUCGACGGACGCUCCUCCACCGGCCUCGGAGCACAAGACUCGGCAGCCAAUCAGGACGGAGAUGCUGAGCGAGGGUGCUGAGUGUCCGCAUCCGCUGGGCAGCCGUCCCUUCCAGCCAGUCUUGGCCGUGGGGCCCGAAGACGGCGCGGCCUCAGCGGCAACGCUGGACGCCCACUCCAACCAUGGGGCAGAAGCAGACGAAGACGACAGGUUUGACUUCCCCUCCAAGUCGGGCCAGAAGCGCAAGUGGGACCCCGACCUGAUUGAGCUGCAGCGGGAGAAAGUGCGCCGGCAGAUCCAGUACCACAGGACGCAGCACGAGCUGCAAAUGAGCGUGCUCCGGGCGCAGAUGGACUUCUGGGACAUGAAGAAGGCCAAGCUGGCUGCCGAGAUUCGCCAGAUGGCUCCCGCGCGGUCCCCCGCUCCCGCUGUCACGCCGGACGACCCGUCGUAGGGUCCAGCCUCGCUGCUCCGUCUGGACAUUCCAGUCGUGCUCAAGGGUCAAAGUCGUCGUUCCAGACGGCUUAGGUUGUAAGCCGCAAAUCUGCACAUCUGUACCGUCGUUGGACCCACGGGCAACGUGAUGAAAUGCUCGGAUAGAUCGUCGUUCGAGCUUUUCGUCUGGUUUUGGCCGUGGAAAGACGUAUUGUGUUUUGCCGAGAAUCGAUUCCAAGGAGCCGACACUCUGAGUCGUGAAUUUACAGAUGCAGAGGAUGUGCUGAAUGCAGAUCUGCAGCAAGUGAGGUGUGCAGUGUUAACGUACAGGUUGUUCAAUUUCAAUUUGAACAGACUUUUUUAAAAAUGGGAGGUUUGAGUGUCAUACAAGUUCCGUCUUCAUGUAUUUAUCAGGUUCGGCGGACGUAAGAUGAGGGGAUAAUCGUCACGGUAAGUUGACUAAUUAACGAAAUUCUCUUAAUUAGCUUGUUAAUCAUUGGUUUUAGGGUUCAUGUUGGAAUUGCAGUAUUGACGACAAUUAAAAUGAGAAGCAAGACAGAUUUAAAUAGUUUUGCGAAAAGGUAAUUGUUUUUCAGAUAUUAAACGACCAACUUUUGUUAUUGCCCGAUCAGAAA